UGAAAAGGUAGCAUGGAACAAAGGAGUCAGUGUCCACAGAGAAUUGUCCUCAACAAGCAGAUGGCCUGUAUCACCUCCGCACUGAGAAUGGUGUCGUCUACCAGACCUUCUGUGAUAUGACCUCCGGGGGUGGCGGCUGGACCCUGGUGGCCAGUGUGCAUGAGAACAACAUGCGUGGAAAAUGCACUGUGGGCGAUCGCUGGUCCAGUCAGCAGGGCAACAGGGCUGACUACCCAGGGGGGGACGGCAACUGGGCCAAUUACAACACGUUUGGGUCUGCAGAGGCGGCCACCAGUGAUGACUACAAGAACCCUGGCUACUACGACAUCCAGGCCCAGGACCUGGGCAUCUGGCACGUGCCCAACAAGUCCCCUCUGCAGCACUGGAGGAACAGCUCCCUGCUGAGGUACCAUACUGACACUGGCUUCUUCCAGAGACUGGGACAGAAUCUGUUUGGGGCUGCUGGCUCAGGGUGGAGGCACUUAUUUUAG